AUGAGCACACAACCACCGCCCUACCUCCCCGACGACCUGAGCACCGCGUCCGACCAACAGAUCAAGCAUGCCAUCAUGUACAUCAUCAAGAACCGACUCACCGACGAGCGCGUGCUGGUCAACGGCCAUACCGUCGCUGCUCUUCUCGGCGAGCGCAAUCGACGGCGUCCCACCGAGAGGCCAUUACGCAUACGUGAUCAGACUGGGAGCUCAUCCGCGACGGGUACUCAGUGA